AUGAUUAAUUUACUGUCUUAUUGUGCAGUUGAUACAGAACGAUGCCGACCAACCGAGCCAUUCCGUUGUCCAGGGAAAGAAAAUGUAUGCAUUUCUAUACAAUAUUUAUGUGACGGAGCACCUGAUUGUAAGGACAAUUACGAUGAAGAUCCAAGGCUUUGUACAGCAGCGAAAAGACCUCCAAUCGACGAAACAGCAAACUUUCUUCAAACCCUUCUAACCCAACACGGACCCAAUUAUUUGGAGAAACUGUUUGGUCGUAAAGCUCGAGACGCUUUAGAGCCUUUGGGUGGAGUGCAAAAAGUUGCUGAAGCAUUAUCAGAGAGUGAAACGUUGGAAGAUUUUGGUAAGGCUUUGCACUUGAUGAGAAGUGAUCUGGACCAUCUUCGAGAAGUAUUUGUGGCAGUUGAAUCGGGUGAUUUAAGUUUACUCAAAUCUCUUGGAAUUAAAGACACUGAAUUGGCUGACCUUAAGUUUUUCCUGGAUAAGCUUGUUAGUACUGGCUUUUUAGACUAGAUGAGCAACAACAAUCAACUAAUAACAGUAAAGAAGACUAACGAGAGAAAAUAAAUCAAAAACAUUCAACAAUCAUCAUCAUCGCAACAAUCAAGCAAAAUCAAGCAAAAAAACACUACACAAUCAAAGAGUCAAGACAAUGAAAUUAACCACCAAAAAAACUAAAACUAAAGAGAAUAAAAAAAACAUUUUUUGCAAAAAAAAUCCAUUUCAACCAACUAAAUCCAUAUUUGCAUUAUACUGAUACUUUCUGAACAUUGAAACCCUCACCUGUAUCAUUACUAUCUCAUUAUUAUACCAAUUUUUUUGUCAUCUGUUUGACCCCAACAAUUUGCUAUCAUAUUUCUAAUGGUUUGUCCCUUUUUUUCACUUCAUCUUCAAGAUUCUUUAUCCUUUCCUAUUUUCCUCGUUUCAAACAGCUGAAAUAUCCUUAAAUACCAACUUAAGAUUGUCAUCAAUUCAAUUUUUAAGAAAAAUAUACAAUCAAUUGUAUCUUCAACUGUCAAUCCGACUCUUGAAUCCUACACCUUUUCCUUCUUCCAUCCUUUACCUCCGAGUUUUCUGCCUUUUAAUCCAUAUCCAGAAUCCAAAGAAACUUAAAUUUUCACCAUUUCCUUCCGAGAUAAGAUUGUAUUUUGAUUUGCUUUGCUUCAACUUGAACCUCUAUUCAAGAAAAUUAAUCCUGUUCCAACAAAUAUCGUAUUUAAAAUGUGUUCGAGAAUUUUAAAUUUGAAAGUAUUCUUUUAGAUUUCCAUGUUCACCAUUGCUUUAUUUUUCUUUUUGGAAUCCCUUUGCAUCAAUCAAUCAACCAAAUCAUAUCUAAAUUAAUUUAAUGAUAAAUGAAAAAAAAAACUCUGUAUAGUUACUUUCUUUGACCAUUCAUGACAAAAAAUAACCUGUUUCUUUUUAU